AUUCCUUCUUCUCCUAGACAAGCCGAUGCCCGGUGUGUGGAAGACGCGCCAGGGGCACAGAAGCCGUCCCCGGUGUCUGAGGCGCCUGAGGGGCCCCGGGAGGGCCGCAGCCGAGCCGGGACCCUCCCGCGUGAUUACACGUUCUCCGAGGACCCUGCACCCGCCGCCCCGCACGCCCGGGGGCAGGACCCUCCGCCCGUGAGCGCCGCCCCGCUUGCCAAGAAGCCGGCCCCGCAGAGGCCGCCGCCGCCCAAGCGCGAGCCCAGGCCUUUCCGGGGCCCGGCGGGCGCACCUGCUGCGGGCGCACCUGCGGCCCCUCCCCUGGGCGGCAGGCCCUGCCCCCGGCCUCCCCCCGCGGCCCUGGACGUGUGCUUGGAGCACCCCCGCAGCGCCGGCGCCUCAGUGGCAAAGCCGAGCGCCGCCCAGCCCGCGCCCGCGCCCGCUCGCCCCGCCGGGGAGCCUGGCAGGGCGCAUGUAGAGGAGCGCGCAGCCGGCGCCCAGCGGGAAGCGCUGCUCCCGGCCCGGUUCCGGCCCCUGCCGACAGCCGCCAUGGAGACGUCGCGCUCCCCGUCACCCCAGUUCGCGCCCCAGAAGCUAACGGACAAACCCCCGCUGCUGGUCCAGGACGAGAAUAACACCAGGAUCGAGCGGGUGAUGGAGAACAACACCACCGUGAAGAUGGUGCCCAUCAAGAUCGUGCACUCGGAGAGCCAGCCCGCGAGGGACGGCCGCCAGGGCCUGGCCCGCGCCGCUGCCGAGCCGCCCGCGCUGCCCAGCGGGCUCGAGCGCGACCAGAUCAAGACGCUCAGCACGUCGGAGCAGUCGUACUCGCGCUUCUGCCUGUACAGCCGCCAGGGCGCCACACCCCCGGCCCCCGGCGCCCCCGCGCCCCCAGCCAGGGACGGCCGCGCCUCCCCGCCCGCGCUCGGCUACGCGAAGGCCCGAGAGAGGACCGCGGAAGACCUCAAGUCGGAAGAGCUGGCCCGCGAGAUCGCCGGCAAGGAUAAGUCGCUGGCCGACAUCCUGGACCCCAGCGUGAAGAUCCGAACCACCAUGGACCUGAUGGAGGGCAUCUUCCCCAAGGACGAGCACCUCCUGGAGGAGGCGCAGCAGCGGAGGAAGCUGCUCCCCAAAGUGCCCUCUCCCAGGUCCGCGGAGGAGAGGAAGGAGGAGCUGAGUGUGCCGGCGGCCAUGUCCCUGGCCACCAACUCCACCUACUACAGCACGUCGGCCCCCAAGGCGGAGCUGCUGAUUAAGAUGAAAGACCUGCAGGAGCAGCAGGAGCCCGAGGAGGAUACAGGGAGCGACCUAGACCACGACCUGUCAGUGAAGAAGCAGGAGCUCAUCGAGAGCCUCGGCCGCAAGCUGCGCGUGCUGCGGGAGGCCCGGCAGAGCCUGCUGGAGGACAUCCAGGCCAACAGCGCACUUGGGGACGAGGUGGAGGCCCUCGCCAAGGACGUCUGCAAGCCCAACGAGUUCGACAAGUUCCGCAUGUUCAUCGGGGACCUGGACAAGGUGGUGAACCUCCUGCUGUCGCUGUCAGGCCGCCUGGCCCGCGUGGAGAACGCCCUCAAUAACCUGGACGACAGCGCUUCUCCCAGCGAUCGGCAAUCCCUGCUCGAGAAGCAGCGGGUCCUGGUCCAGCAGCACGAGGACGCCAAGGAGCUGAAAGAGAACCUGGACCGCCGCGAGGGCAUCGUCUUCGACAUCCUGGCCAGCUACCUCAGCCAGGAGAGCCUGGCGGACUACGAG